GGUGUCUGAUAGCAUAGAUAUAUUGGAUGAUAAGCUUCUUAUUGUUUCAUUACCUAAGGUGUCUGAUAGCAUAGAUAUAUUGAAUGAUAAGCUUCUUAUUGUUACAUUACCUAGGGUGUCUGAUAGCAUAGAUAUAUUGGAUGAUAUGAUUCUUAUUGUUACAUUACCUAGGCUGUCUGAUAGCAUAGAUAUAUUGGAUGAUAAGCUUCUUAUUGUUUCAUUACCUAAGGUGUCUGAUAGCAUUGAUAUAUUGAAUGAUAAGCUUCUUAUUGUUACAUUACCUAGGGUGUCUCAUAGCAUAGAUAUAUUGGAUGAUAUGAUUCUUAUUGUUACAUUACCUAGGCUGUCUGAUAGCAUAGAUAUAUUGGAUCAUAAGCUUCUUAUUGUUACAUUACCUAGGGUGUCUGAUAGUUUAGAUAUAUUGGAUGAUAUGAUUCUUAUUGUUACAUUACCUAGGGUGUCUGAUAGCAUAGAUAUAUUGAAUCAUAAGCUUCUUAUUGUUACAUUACCUAGGGUAUGUCGGCGUGGCAGAGCCCAUAUAUUCAAGUACCUUAGCCAGCAAGCUGUUAAAGAUGACAGAAAACGUGGUGUUCUUGAACAACAAGAUAUUAAAAUUAGGUAUCGCAGGUCAUUACAAAAUAGUGGGGAUGUUAGUCCUCAGCCAGGUGAGUUGAGGAGACAUACAGUGAUUGCUGACUCGGGGUAUCUCACACAAAAUGGUGAUAAACGAUGGUCCAAUUCAGAGCCUCGCUUUGAAGAAGAUGAAGUUGGUAUAUUGGCAGAUAGGGCAUUACAGCAGAAGGAACUAAGACAGGAGAGAGAAAGGGAGUUAAGACGACAAAUCUCAGAAAGGGCCCACAAAUCAUCGUUAGAGAACAAUAUUGAUUAUAUAGAUAAUGGGGAAGGUUUACUAGGGGAUAGAGAUUUUGGUAAUCAGCCGGAUGAUGAAUUUACCAAAGCAGUUUUUGAGGAGCUUGCUAAACAGUCAACAGAAUGGUCAGCGGAAGAUGAGCAGUUGAGAUUACAAGAAGAUAGAGAGAGAGAAGAGAGGAGGCGGGCUGCAAAGAAACUGCAACAGAAUCAAGAAAGAAUUAUACAGGAACAAAUGAGAGAUAGAACAAGGAGGCCAUUGACAACUUCCAGUUCAUUUAAUGAGAACACAAUUAGGCCGUUUGAAAGGUAUGUAUUAAUAUAACAAAUAUUAAA